AUGGAUUCUGAUACUGAGUUAUUCGAAGACGAAGAGGAGGUUCUUGUAUAUGUCGAAUUUGAAGGAUUUGUUAAUAACAAUAUAUUUACAAAUGGACAACUUCAAUUAGAUAUGGUUGGAAUAGAUACAGAUCAUCCCAUAAUGCAGAUUGAUGGAAGGUUUUAUGAAGGUUCCUACGAGGACGUUGUAGGAACUUACAUGUUCUUUGAAAAAGAUGACAAACCUGUUGUCGACGAUCCUAUAUUCGAUCAAACUCCAACUCUAAAAUAUUUUGGAAAGACUAGAAAGGUAUUAAAAAUGCAAAGGGUGUUUGUCAAGCAAAGGACUGAAGUUCUUGGAGACUCUGAACAUAGUAAAUGUAUUCCAAAUACAGAUACGAUUAAACAGGCUGGUGUUCCACCUAUGUAUCAAUCACAAGCUCUUUCCUUUUGGAAGGAUAUAAGAGAUAACAGAAUAGAUGCUUUAUGUGCCUAUUUGGAAAAGCAAAAAAUUCGAGAAGAAAAAAAAUCGCAAGGUAUUGCAUUAGAUUCAGAAUCUGAUGAAGACAAUCCAUUUGCUAUGUACAAAUAUAAAGAAGAGCAAAAAAGUGAGAAGAACUUGGACAACAGUAAUACCAAUUCAAUUGUGGAUGCAUUCAAAUUUUCUACAAACGAAACAGUUUCACAAGAAGAAUAUAACGAAGAAAUUAUAAAAGAUAAUCUUAAUAUAUUAGAACAAAUCCAUUCUAAACCAUCUACUUCAAAAACUAGUAAUCUUUGUACUGAUGCAAAUAAUAAGAAACGCAAACCUAUUAAAGUAGUUAGAAAGAAGAAAGAACGUAUUGUUAAAAAUAAAUCAACAAAAAAACAGAAAAAGAAAUCAACGAUUGUAGAAAAUAAAUCUAUACAAAAUGACGAUCUUAAUAUAGAAUCAACACUUUUAACAUUGGAUAAAAUUCCUGAAGAUUCUGUCAUGAACACUGAAGUGGAUAAUCUAGUCAAUAUUGUAGAAGAUACUUCAAAUAUUACAGAUAAUGUAGAAACAGAUAAAGAUACUACAACGUUACAGACAACAAGACAAGAUAAUACAAACGUUAAUACAGAUGAAACGAAAAUGGAAAUCAUUAAUGAUCUUAUAGAAGAUACUGUUGAUAAAAAGCAAAAAAAAUUAUUAAAACGGGAGGCAAAAAUGAAAGAGUUAUCAGAAAAAAUAAAAUCUGUAGCAGAAGAAUAUGUCAAAGCAAAUAUAAAUCAGUGACAAGGAAAAAUAGAUUGAAGUUUGUAUUGGAGAAGAGGAUCCACUUUCUUCUUUGUGAAACUAUGAAUCGUUCACGUUCUUCACCAAUCUAAGUCACCAGGUAGUUCAUCUGGAUAUUCUCCUGUCAAACAAGCAGUGCAGUGACCAAUA